ACCCGUAUUAGAAUUACUCUAUUAUUACAAUGGACGGUCAGAUGAAAGAAUUGAAACUGAGAGUUUUACGUGAGAAGAAAAAGUUCAACAUCAUGAGACUCAAGACCUCCGCAAAGAUUGACUUAUCUUCACUCAACGAGCCGACUUUGGUGCGCAAGCAGGUUGAACGUGUUAAUCACGAGGUGACUGUUCCUUUGUAUGGUGAGGGCAGUCAGUAUGGUAUUGAACAGAAAAACGAAGCGAGAAGACUGAAACGUGGAAUAUUUAGAAGAGAGCCGAAACCUGAUGAUCAACCGUUGAUGCUGAAGGAAUCUGGGAAGAAAGGGAAAAGCUUUGUUGGUAAACGUGAGGGAGGUGUGAAUGUCAAUUCGUCGUACUUUAUUCUUUCUCGAGCAAGUGACUCUGUGUUUGAAGCCUUCCCUGUUAAUGCAUGGUAUGACUUUACUCCUAUGAUUACGUAUAAGACAUUGGAUGCUGAUGAAGCGGAGGAACAGUUUGGGUCAAGAAACAAGAUGUACAACUAUUUUGCUGUGAUGGCUCAAAAGAAAAUGCAGAACGAAGAGACAAGUGAUAAGGCAGAAACAACAGUAAUACCAGACCGACUGCAAGUAAAGGAUGAUGACUGGUUGAAUGUAUCAAGCGAUGAUGAAACUGACAUAACCGGCAAACCAAAAUCUAAAACUGUCCGAGCAAAGAAGUCUGAUGAUGAUACCACCGAAGACCCUAGAGAAGAUCCAGACGAGUUCCAGUCCCUGGAAGUUGACUAUAUCUCUGACUCCGAAUCCGAAGAGGAGGAACGAGAAAGAGUGACGAAAGGCAGCCCAAAGAAAGACGAGGAAAAAGACAGCAGUGAGGACGACAGACCUGAAGACGCUCAAGACAAGAGAAGUGAAGACGAGGAGAGUGAGAAUGAGGAAGAAAAAGAGAGUGACGACGACCUGACAGAAACAGGAAAGGCAACAAAAGCAUUGCUCAAGAGACGAGAAGACCUUUCGGGGUCUGACAAUGAGGGAAGUGAUGUGGAUGAAGACUUUGAUGCAGACUUGCAAGAUGUGGGAACUGCACUGUUGCAGAGGAAGCCGAUGACACAGGAGACUCAAUCCGUGAAAACAGAAACAAAAGAAACAAAAGAGAAGACUAACGACACACCACCAACUCCACCAAAACAAAAGCCACCAAAACCAAGCAAAGGAAAGAAACGCCCCAACGAACCAGACCCAUCAACUGAAACAGCGGCACCUCCUCCCAAAAAAGAACGCACCAACACUCACUCUCCAUCAUCACUAUCCGAAGGUGUUACAGCAGAAGACGUUCGUCGUUAUUUGGGACACAAACCGAUGACAACGAAGCAGCUGUUGAAGAAAUUCAAGCGUAAGACGAACAUGGAUGGUCACGACUUGGUGGUGCAGCUGGGCAAGGUCCUAAAGAAGGUGAAUCCACAUCAAGAGAAAGUGCAGGGGAAAGUGUUCUUAUCGCUUAGAAAAUGAGUUUAAUGUGACCGAAUGAGUUGCUCUAGGUGGGUGAUUUAAUUAAUAAAUAAUUAAUUAGUAAUUAAUCGAUGUGUUUUAUGUGGGGUGAGGCCAAGAUGCAUGCUGUGGUGGAUAGUAAAUUGACAUGAUUAUUACAGCUGGACUGACACAGAGACAGAUGAAUGGAUAUAUUGCCUACAGACAGACAGACAGACAGACAGACAGACAGACACAC